AUGGCAGCCGCUCCUAUUGCUAGGCAGUCGGGCAUGCCCUCCUCGCCGCGCUCGCCGACCCUUAGUGAGAGGUCCUUCGACAGCUCUAUGAUCCUUCCUGGGGAUGCGAUCCGAAGCAUAUCACCUCCGCUGUUUGCGGAACGACCGCCCUCGCCGUCGAGUUUCUACGCCCAUGCGAACCGAUCCACCCACACACUCACUUUGGCAACUGCGCCCCCACGACGGUCGCCCCAACUCAGGAACUCACCACCACUCUCGUCGCAGAGUUCGCGCUCAACGCUCCGGAAUAUGAACACUUCGCAAGCAGAUGCAAAAAGUCCGGCGCUGACUGUCGACACACUGGCAUCCUCACCGACUGUACAAGAUGGCCUUCUCAAUCCAGAGCCCAACGACUACAACAGCCGCAGCCCAUCGCAACGGCGAUUGAGUACAACUUCGAGUCUGAACAGCGAGGAUUUGGAGAUGAUCAGAAACAGGUGGCCUGGGUUCGACAGUCAAGGCUUCGACGACAGUGGCGUAGACUUGGAGGAAGGAGACAAUCAGGACCAGUUCCCGGUAGCAACACCAGACAGCGAACUGGGCGACGAUCGAUGGAAGAGUGGAGACUUCCAAGCCAAAGAGAAUUCCUAUUCAUCUGAUCUUUAUGCGAAACGAGCGGAAAUGAUUCUUGCAGACGCGAAGAAGCGGCUCAAUGUACGAAAGAUGAUUCAAGAAGGGAUCGCGGAUGACUGA